CGGCAACGCCGCAAAAUGCCAGCAAGAUGGCGAUGGGUGGCGCUUCCCGGUGACGGUUGAGGAGCCAGUUCCCGCGCCAUGGACCGCAGGAAGAAGCCGCUGGAUGUGACGGCUGCCUCGUUGGUAGACUUGAAGGCUGAACUCUUCCGAAAGCAAGAAGAAUUCAGGAAAGAAAAACUAUUGAAAGAUGCUGGAGUUCCUGUAAAACCCAAAACAACAAAUAAGAAACCAAGCAUCUGGAACAAGCCGAACACAGGGGUUUCAGGACGAGCUGAGAAAGAUGUUGAGCAGAAGAUUGAGGAGCAGCAAACAUUAGAUAAAGCGAGGCAGAAACUGGAAGAGAAAGCAAAACUAUAUGAGAAGAUGACUAAAGGAGACUUUCCAGAUGAAGAAACUGAGAAUUUGUACCUUGUGGAUUUCACUCAGAAGAUCAUAGACAAUCAGAGAGAGGUACAGGAUCUAUGUAGGAGUGAAGCUUCUAGAAAGACAUCAGAAAAGAAGGAAGAUGAAGAAGAAACACUACCUGAAAUGGAAAUACCAGCUCCACAGGACCCCAGUGAAGAAUGGGUUGAUUAUGUGGAUUCCUUAGGCCGAUCUAGACGCUGUAUGAAGAAGGAUUUGCCAGAUCUGCUUAAAAUGGAUAAAGAACUUCAGGGGAAAAGACAAAAUACUGAUGAGAAAAGUCUGCUCUCUGAAGACAUGAGAAGAGAAAUUCAGCGGCAGCAGUGGGAAAAAGAGGAAGAGGAGGCCCUAAAGAAACCUAUGGGACCCAUACAUUAUGAAGAUAUUCGUGAAAAUGAGGCCAGGCAGCUUGGUGUUGGUUAUUUUUCCUUUUCUCGUGAUAAGGAACUAAGAAACAAGCAAAUGGAGACAUUGGAUAUGCUAAGAGAACAGACUCAAGAACAAAGAACAAAACGAGAACAUGUAAAAGAAAAACGAAAGGCAGUUCUGGAAUCAAGACUGUCUAAACUUCGAGCAAGGAAGAUGAAGAGAGUAAAAGAGGAGGGAAUAGAGGAAACUGAAAUCAAACUGGAAGGUGGAGCAGAUGAAGUAAUUGGUCCAGUACCAGCUGAGCCAGAAGCCACCAUGGCUGCAAGAGUUGCUUCAGAAAGUAGGAAAGUGGAGGUUGUCAUUCAGGAGAGAAAAGAUACCAAGCCAGGUGUGCCAUAUGUUCGCGAGUGGGAUAAAGGCAAAGAUUUUACUUCCGGACUAUGGUCAAGGAGACAGUCUGCUCUUAGAGAUGAACGAGAUCCAGAGUUUGCACCACCUUCUAAUUACUUUUGGGGCCAAAAGCCUGCCAGCAACCAAAAAAGCCAGAGUUGGCAUAGGCCUGAACCCUCUCAUGAGAAAUUGGAACCGGAAUCAGCGCCGAACCAGCAGUUUCCAUCAACACAGACUUACUACAACAGCCUGCCAGAUCAGCAGCCACUUUACCAAAGUCUAGAUGACAUGCUGUCUUAUUACAAGCAAGUGACUUGAGAUUAUUUAUAGCAUAAGGAAGAAUCUUAACUUAAAUAAUUGAAAUAUAAUUGUGUUAUAAGCAUACGUCUAUUGUUCUUUCCAGACCUUGGGGAGAUUGGUUUUCAUAAUAAUGAAAUCUCUCAUAUGAACCAAGGCUAUUAGAACUGUCACAGCACAGAGCCACAUAUUUGCUCCCUCAGGGCUGUACUCCAACUGUAUUAAAAACCCAUGGUUUGGUGGCAGUAUUUAAUUGAAAUAACAGUCAUUCUUUGUGUUUUUUGCUAUUUCUGUACAUUUAUGUCUUGUUUUUAAAAUCAUGAAUAGAGAUGAUAUUCUCUCCAGAUAAAUUUUAAUUCUUUUGGUGAGACUUUUUUAUUUUAUUUCCUCAAAGGGGCAUUGGUGGAAGAACCAAUGUAUAGUUUGAGUCUAUUACAAACUGAAAAUCAAGUUCAGUGAUGGUAUGAUCAAGUACUUUAAAAAAGUUAAAAUGAUCACCUUUAUUUGUUAGCCAAAACUUCUGGGAUUAAAUUUAAAAUUUAUAUUUUCUAUAAGAACGUGCAUCUACCUAUUUUUGUAUUUGGACAUCACUGGGUAAGUUAGUACUCGCUUCCCCAUCCCUAAAUAAUUAUGUGGAGUUGUUCACAUUUGUCAUAGUGCCUCCUGCUUUCAAAAGAUCUGCUUACAUCUUGUAAUUGUAUAAAACAUUUCAAAGUUUGAGUGGCACUGUGUAAAUCAAUAAAUAAUGCCUACAUAUUCACAGGAAGGUUGGACCAAGUAUGACAUGAUGAUGGCUUAGAUGUGACGGUUUGCAGAGUACCAUUUUCCUUGUUAGGUGCAUUUGUGUCAUUACUUCAACCCAUUUACUAACAGGAUGGCAUUACUUUUAUAUGCUACCCUACUGUCAUACUUGCAGAAUGGAGGUACAAACUACAGUACUAUGCUUCAAAUAACUAGAUAGCAGGGGGCAUGGAUUUGUUAUUUAGAAAAUUUAAGCUUUGAUUU